AUGGCUUCCCGAGUUCUUGGCGAGCUUCUAAACGGCAAUAUCAAUGGAUACGAGAAGCACUAUGACGCCCCUCAGCACCGGGGCGACGGAGAUCUAGAAUACAUGCAUGGUAGCAAAAGUGAAGCCUACUACAUCGACCAUGAGCACAUCCACAAACGACAGAAGAUGCGCCUUAUCUGCAUUGGAGCUGGUAUAGCUGGGAUCGCUGCGGCGUACAAGUACAUGGAGCAAUUACGAGACGUGGAAUUCCAAAUCUACGAGAAGAAUCACGACGUAGGGGGGACGUGGCUGGAGAAUCGCUAUCCGGGCUGUGCGUGCGACAUUCCAGCCCACGGAUAUACCUACUCAUGGGAGGGGAAUCCAAAUUGGUCAAGAUUCUAUGCCGAAGCCGAGGAGAUUCACAGUUACUACAAGGGGCUUGCAAUCAAAUGGAAUUGUAUGCAGUACAUAAAACUAUCGCACCGCGUCAUCGAGGCAAAGUGGUCUGAAGCCGAGUCGAGUUGGAACUUGAAGAUCGAAAGCCUAACGGAGGGGACAAUCAUCGAGGAUCGCUGUGACAUUCUGCUCAGUGCCACAGGAGUCUUAAACCACUGGAAGUGGCCGGAUAUUCCGGGGUUGCACAGAUUCAAAGGACGACUGCUUCACUCGGCACGGUGGGACGAAGAGUAUAAUUUCCAAGACAAGACUGUUGCCGUCAUCGGAGCAGGGUCCUCGGCCAUUCAAAUCGUACCUAAUCUCCAAAAAGGCGACUUCAUCCGGUCUCCGACCUGGAUCACUCCAGAAUUCAGCGCGAGCCUUGCAGCCGACGGCCGCGAAACGAGGUAUUCCGCCGAAGAGAUCAAACGCUUCAAUACGGACAAGAAAUACUUUCUCCAGUACCGAAAAGACAUACAGAAUACCGGAAGUUCCUCAUUUUCCCUCUACUACAAAGGGUCGGAACUGCAAGAGAAAGCUUACCGGGACUUCUCGCAACUGAUGAGGAAGAGGCUUGGUGGAGAUGCAGAGCUUUGUGAAAGGCUGAUUCCAAAGUUUGAAGUAGGAUGUCGGAGAUUUACCCCGGGAAAUGGCUUCCUAGAAGCCCUUGUGAAGCCGAAUGUCACGGUAGUUGUCACGGAGAUUGAAAGUAUCACUCCAGAUGGCAUUCGAACAACGGACGGCGUGCACUAUGAUGUUGAUGCAAUCGUUUGCGCAACGGGAUUUGACUGCUCGUACCGGCCAGCCUUCCCUGUCAUUGGCCGGGAUGGUCGAGACCUAGGAGAAUUUUGGAGAGAUGAGCCCGUGCAUUAUUUAUCGGUGGCAGUUCCUGGUUUUCCAAACUAUUUCGUUACUGGGGGACCUAAUAGCCCCAUAUCAAAUGGCUCUCUCAUCUCAGGUCUAGAGACCGAAAUUGAUUAUGCCUAUGCCUGCCUCAGGAAGCUGCAGGAGGAGAAUGGGGCGUCCAUGGAGGCAUCCGAACAAGCUACUGCAGAUUUUAUGGAGCAUAAGAAUGCCGCUAUGAAAGAGUUUGUGUGGAGUGGCGAUUGCAAAAGUUGGUACAAAAAUGGACGAGUCGACGGACCCGUCAUUGGUCCGUGGUGUGGCUCCACAUGGCAUUUUAACAAAGCACUACGAAAUCCCCGUUUCGAAGACUAUAUUUUCAAAUACCGCAAGAGAAAUCGUUUUCAGUAUCUUGGGUUUGGUAGAACACUGGGUGAGCUUCGAGGGGAAGACAUGGCCGCCCACUUACGCGAACCAGGCGCAUAA